GCUAACCCGCCGUUAUAAGGCGUCCGCGCUGAAGCUAAUGCUAACGCCACUCACAGCAUGCCGGUGUAUUAACUUAGUUCGCGGGACACGUUUCACGUCGAGUGGCCGAACCGUCGUGACUGAGACGAACAGUAACCACGGAGUUAUUACGGCUUUCUUUAGAGGAUUCCGCUUCUGUACGCGAUGUUCCUCUUUUGCUCGAGGAGAUGCCGGAGUGGCCAGCGGUGCACAUGGGGCAGGUUUACUUGUUGUUGUUUACUUGUACUUGCUUUGGAGGAAUCCGUGUCCCACUGUGUAACAUCUGGGCUCGUGUAGCAGCGGGGGUGUCGCUGGCUCACGUACACCCCUCGGCCCAGAUAAUAAUGUCUUCCAGGGAGCGUCGGUCAGACGUCUACAUAAAGGCAGAACCCAGCAGUCCAGAGGGAGGAGGGGGUGGCAGGAUCAGCCCUGGCGGGGCGUCUUCGGACUCCUCCCAAAGUGGAGGUGGAGGAAUCCGAGGCGACGGCGUUAAGCGGUACUCCCCGCCACUCUACACACCGGCGCUCCGUUGCCACUUCAAAGACGAGGGCGGGGACGGAGCGGAGGAGGGCUCGGCAGGAAAUGGAGCGGGGCGAUGCAAGUACGCCCUGAGCACGCUGCCCAAGAGGCUGUGCUUGGUGUGCGGGGAUGUGGCCUCCGGGUACCACUACGGCGUGGCGUCAUGCGAGGCCUGCAAAGCCUUCUUCAAGAGAACCAUCCAAGGUAACAUUGAAUACAGCUGUCCAGCAUCGAAUGAGUGCGAGAUAACCAAGAGGCGCAGAAAGGCUUGUCAAGCGUGCCGCUUCACCAAGUGCCUCAAAGUAGGCAUGCUGAAAGAGGGAGUUCGUCUUGACAGGGUCAGAGGUGGAAGGCAGAAGUAUAAAAGACGCCCAGAAGUGGAGAAUGCAACAUACCAGAGUGCUCCUCUCCCACUGACGAAGGAGAGUGAAAAAGGUUCCUCCAACAUCAUCGUGUCCCACCUUCUAGUGGCAGAGCCAGAGAAGUUAUUUGCCAUGCCGGACCCUCUGCAGCCAGACACAGCUCAGCGCACGCUCACCACCCUGUGUGACCUCGCUGACCGGGAGCUAGUUGUCAUCAUCGGCUGGGCUAAACACAUUCCCGGCUUCCUGUCGCUGUCCCUUGCAGACCAGAUGUCCGUGCUGCAGUCCGUGUGGCUGGAAGUGCUGGUGCUGGGUGUAGCGUACCGCUCGCUUGGCUGUGAGGAUGAAGUAGUGUUCGCAGAGGAUUUUGUCCUCGAUGAGGAGAUGUCACGUGUUGCUGGACUGACGGAGCUAAACGGCGCAAUUAGUCAACUUGCUCGCCGCUUCCGGGCGCUAAACGUGGACCGAGAGGAAUUUGUCAUGCUUAAAGCCAUCGCACUCACUAACUCAGACUCGGUUUACAUCGAGGACACGGAGGCGGUGCAGAAGCUGCGGGACCUCCUCCACCAGGCCCUGCUGGAGCUGGAAUGUCAGCGGCACCCAGAUGACUCCCAGCGGGCAGGACGCCUCCUUUUAACGCUGCCUCUCCUCCGACAGACUGCUGGCCGUGCUCUUACCACCUUUUACAGCAUCAAGACCCGCGGUGGUGUUCCCAUGCACAAACUAUUCCUGGAGAUGCUGGAAGCCAUGAUGGACUCUCCGUAGAGCAGAGGGCAGCAGAAAAUAGGAUGCAGAGAGAGACCCAAUGGAGAUCGAGGUUUCACAAGUGGACGAGUGGUUUGUGAGAAGAUUUUAUUAGAGAAUUCUUAAUGUCGGAAAUGGUCCCUUUUUCCCGUUUUCCAUAGGCUCCACAAUAUGAGAGAAUAAAAGGCUCAUGCAUUCAUGUCCUGAAGUGGGAAUUGGGUAUUUGCAGUAAGACUUUUGUAAAAGGCUUCAAGAGUGAUGACAUUUAACGCGAAUGCCAGAAUGCUACAUGGUUUCAACCAUUUUCAUGGUGAGUUCCAUCCUGGCAUUGCUUUGCAGUUCCAUACUCAUGUAGGUGGCCGAGAACAGACUGACACAUAUGGCUUAUGAACUUUUAAAAACAACACUUACUCAUGGAAGUCAUAACAACGUCAGGCAAAAGACCGAUCGAUACGCACAUGGAGUGCUUGUAUUUACUAUAGUUUAGUGUGCCGUUGUCAGCAAACUCAUAGGAACUACUCGCAAUAUGUUAAAGCAAUAUAAUGAAUCAAUUUGUUGUCCGUCACAUUUUGUGUGUGUGUGUGUGUGUGUGUGUGUGUGUCCGUAGUUCUCCACUCUCAGAACCCCAAGUGCUGAUUUUUGAAAUUCCCACUGCUAGCAGAGAGUGCUAAAAAAACACCAGCACUUUAGGGGUAAAUGGCAGAGUUGGGAACUACUGAUGUACCAAGUAGGUGGAGGACUCUUUACAAAAGGUUGUGCAGUCAAUUUGUAGUGAGGGAGAAGUGCAUACAAAGAUUGUGGUGAUUCAUUCGGUGCUGCACGUACGUCCUAUCGGCACGCAAAAAAACUGGCUUCCUUUCUAGUGGGCGCGUGCGCUCGCGUGCAGGCGGGACCAAUGAGCUAUUUGAGAUCAGGGAAGAACGCAACUCUUUGACAAUAAAGCGCGGCUAACAGCUAAAGAAGUGGUUAAAAAAGAAAUGCAACGGCCUCAUCUGCUUUUUUUUAUACUGUCCUCUACCAGUCGAUCUAACCAGGGUUUCUGACUUCAGCAGCUGUGCUGUUCAAAAACAACUGUCUGACCUGUUCAAAUCGUGGGCUCUAAUACUUAUCCAUAUGAUUGAUAGACGAUGGAGAGAUUGUGCUGCAUUUUCCGCAGCCGUGAUGAGCGUUGCAUAUAAGACCUGAAUGGUUUCAAUGAGAGAUCCCUCCUUUGUAUGUGCACAUCGUGUGAACUCAAACUUGCAAGUGUCCGUUGUGGACUCAGGACAACAAGAAAUGCAAAAUAUGCAACAUCUUCUUUUUGGAUGUUAAAACCCUGGACAAAAAACCCCUGAAAGUUGAUUAUUAUAAUAAGCUUCACAUGCAAUGCAAGGCUACAGUAUCUGAUCAGACAGAGUAUUUAGUGGCCAAAGAGCCAUUAAUCGUUCAGCCAUGUACAGUUUCAAUUAAAUAAACCGAAACAUGCAAUUUCUAGUGGAAGACAAUAAAGCCAGCAAAUAUGAUAGAAAUUCCCCAUAACAGUUAUAUUUGUUCAGCUUACAGUGCUCUGAAAUUUGUAAAGCUUUUUCAUAUAUUUUCCUUUCUAGGAUUCAAGGGUAUUUUAUUUACAUUGUGACACUGUUGUGGGUUUAGUAUUGAAAUGACGCUUUCCAUUCGGGAUAAUAUAAAUACUAAUUGUUUUUUUAUGUAAGCAGUGGUUUUUUCUGAAUCUGAUUGUCAUUUUAGGGAUCACUUCUACCUGGCUCUAUCAAUUUUAGCGGCAUGGUGAGGCUACAGAGGGCUCCCUCAGGUUGCAGAGAAAGCCAGACGGCCAAAUAACUGUGGAGACAAAUGGAUCUUUCUAAUCGGUCAACUGAAAUUUGAGCAUUGGGCUCAUGAAAUAUUUUGCCAGCUGUGAAAAGCAGCCAAGAUCAUGUACUUCUUUGUUUUCACAUUAUAUAUGGCUGGUUAAUCCUGCUUCUCGGCAUACAUGUUCCGUUUUUUUAACAAAUAAAUAUAGAUGCCACGGUCCAACUAGAGCUGUUAAUAUUUCUUCAUAUUGACUCUGCCAUUUACACGCUGGAAGCUUCAUUAGCGUACAAUUAUGUUUUAGGUACGAUGGAUUUUGGAGGAAGGCAGGGCCGUUUGCAGUGUCACCGCUAUAAUGAUACUGUCAUUUGUGGUUUUAUGAAAUAUGUGCGCAUUAAUAUGAAUGAGCAAUACAAUAAAUUACCAAACCUCACACAUUUCCUUGUAUAGCCUGUGUAAAUGUAACAACGCCAGUUAUAAUGAAGAAUAGCUACUAAACGUUAUAUUAUUUAGUUCAAAUUAAUGUUUGUAUUUUGAAAAACUAUUUAAAUGAUUAAAUUCUAUUUUUUACUCAAUUUACUGUUGUUUGUUGACACCGCUUUGUUUUUGCGCGUGAUAUUGGCUGUGAAUUUCUGUGUGUAGGUUUUUUUUUUUCUUUUCAUUUAGAUAAAACGGUUUGAUGUCCUUGUCUAAACAUGUCCACAUAAAAAUCACUGUGAAAAAAGUGAGAUCAUCCACUGUCUGACGCAACGGGGAGUGGAUAAUUGUAGGUGCUUUGUGUUGUGUAAUAAAUGGACACACCACCGCCACAUA